ACAUUUUCAACUCAGACGGAACGCACGGUUGGACGGACUCUGAUUGAAUUAAUUCAAAAAAUUACCGCAGCAGAAACAAAAGCUUCCAAAAAGCGAAACGAUUCCACCGACGUGAACAAAGCGAAAUUGUAAUUUUAGUGAGUACCAGUACAUCAGUGUAUCAGUUCUUCAGCGUGUCAGUUCGUCAGUGAGCCAGUGAGUGUGUGCUAGUAGUGAGUGUGAACUCUGUGGCAAAGGUCAGAACUCAUAUGAAAAUGUCGAGCGGCAACCAAGAAGCAAUGUCAACAAAAGCAGCUGUCAACGCCGUAGACGAGGACAAGGUCUCCCACUCCUUGACAAUGCUUCCAGCAUCCUCAUCGUUCUCAUCGUCGCCUGGAUCGAUCUCCACCAUCACCAGCCGCCAUUUAAAGGCCCUGGCCAUCCUGGUGGCUAUCGUCCUGUGCAGCGGCAGUCUGGGAUUCGCCGACGGGCUCAAGUGCCACAUGUGCGGCCAAUACAACGAGGGCGUGGGCUCCAUCACGCCGUGCUCCAACUACACCAAGGACAUUGCCCAUCUCUACCUGAAGGAGUGCACCAAGAAGAGCGAGAAGUUCUGCGUGAAAUAUGUUAGUGAGUUGUCGACUGUUCGCGAUUGUGCUACCGAGUGCCAGGAGAAAGAAAUUUGGGAGACACAAACGUACUGCUGCACCGAGGAUGGCUGUAAUUCCGGCACCCAUUUGGCAUACUCCGUCGUCCUGUUGACCCUGCCCAUACUUUCAAUGGCCUGGCCCUCAAUCAUCGAUCUUUGGAACACGCGACGUUAAGUGGGUCCUAAGAUGAACCGAUUUCUCUUUGCUUGAUUUCUUUAAUUUUUAUUAUUAUUUAGCUGCAAGAAAAUGUAUAAAAUUUCAACCCUUAGCAUUUAUUUUUAGUUUACAAACUAAAUUAAAAAUACAAACAAAAUUCUGUGAACGGGACCUAAUCUAACUAAGAAGCGAAAAUUUACCAUUUCAAUUUUUCUUUUCUGUAAUUUGUAAUCUCAUGCAAUUUCUGAUUAUAUGCGUAUGGAAAUAUAUACAUUUUUAAAAACAUGUUUGGUACUUAUAGUUUGAGCAAUGACUUUAUAAUACACUAUGUUAUGGAGUCUUUGGUUUGAGGCUUUGUAUUUCUGACUGUCUUCCCAAAAAAAAAACACAAACAGUGUUGGUUAAUUAUAACGAGGUGUCUAAGAUCAUUCGAAAGCUUAACUAAUUCAUAUUCACAAGAAAUAACAAUUGCAAUGACAACUUAAAUCGUGUUAAAAAAAUAUUUAAAAGCAAAACGAAUUAUAAAAUUAUAAAAAAAAUAGUAUAUGUAAGACUAUGCCAGCUGUCAAAAGUACAUAAGAUAUCGCAAUCAUAAAAGAAUGUCGCCGAAUUCGAGUUGAUGCAUUUCAUGAACAUACUAUUUAAAGUAGACCUAAGGUUAAAUAACGAAAGUAGAAAUUAGAUACUUAGCAUUCUGCAUCCCUUGACACUUGAAAAAAAAAAUCACUUUUCAAGAGAGAUAGAGGUUUGAUUUCUAAUUUUCACAAGGGUCCGCAAAUAUUACGCAAAUGUCAAAGUCACAGUGAGUUUAAUUUGGGGUCUGUGACUUUGCACUUUGACACAGUAAUAUUUGCUGGAAGUCUGUUCAUUAUAUGUUGUUCUCUAAGCAAGUAACGUCUAGUAAAAAGUUGUUGAUUUCUGUUCGAAAAAAAGCAAAAUUAAUGUUUGUUAAAUACACUUGUGAACAUAAGCUUAAGUUCGAACGAAUUAUGAUAAUAAAAGCGAACACUUAAGAAAUUCGAAGAAGUUUUCACUCCACUGUUCAUGAGAUUCUAAAUGAUACAAUGAUACAAAUCAGUUGAUACUCACUAAUAAAAUACUUGUAGCAAAAGUCUAGCUCAGAUAGAAACCAUUCGGCAUAACGUAGGUAAAAAACUAAUUAAUUAAUAGAACUAUUUAGAAUUAUCGAGAGUUUAGUGAACCCAAGUGAAUUAACAUAAAAGUUCUUAACGAUUUUCUUAUAGAGCACUUACGCGAUUCCAUUUUUAAUUAUUUACAAUAAUAAUAUUUUGAACGAUUAAUACUUAUAAACAUAUAAGAAGAACAAUUCAUACGAUAUAUACCUAAAAAAAAACUUAGAAUUUAGGUCUAAGCGCUUUCACUAUAUUAAAGCAAACGAAAUGUGUGAAAUAUGCAAAUGUUAAAAGUUAGUUCCUCGAUACCAAAGCAGCUUAUAUACUCGUAUUAAAAGCUCACAUUUGAAUAAUUUGCAUAUGAUUAAAAUGCCUCAUCCAUUUAAUAAAACGUGUAAAUCGAAUUUUCAUUUAAUUAUAUUACAACCACAAAUUUUCUCUGACAUUUUGCCAACUAAAAUGUCUGGCGAUCUGUCUGCUUUGGCUACAUUUAAUGCAAUCAUUUAAUUUUAAAUUCUCAUCGAACACGAAACGAGAAAAUUUCAAUGGCAAUUACAACAACACUAUUAAAAAUUGUAUGUAUAUGGUAUAUGUAUUUCCAAUAAAAUUUUAAUUUAAAUUUUUAGUAACAAACUUCAAUAAAACAGGCAAAAAA